AUGUUCAAAGUCAUUCUUCCUCUGCAAUCAUAUCUGCGUAAUACAGCAUUUCGAAGAUUCCCCUCGCAUUUAUCUAGUGCAGCUCCUCGAGUGAAGACUGAAUUCUCUUCCAAGCCCUCUAUCCUGCCAUUACGACCUUAUCACAGAUCUUUCAGCAGUACAAUUGCCAAGAUGUCUGAUCUUACUGUUGAGCUGACUGCUCCAAAUGGCAAGAAAUACGUUCAGCCAACUGGUCUAUUCAUUAACAAUGAAUGGGUGAAGAGUAGCACAGGUCAAAAGAUUACAUCUAUUAAUCCCUCAGAUGAAUCAGAAAUUGCAUCCGUAUAUGCUGCAUCAGCAGAAGAUGUCGACACCGCAGUCAAAGCAGCUCGAGCAGCUAUGCGUAACCCUGAAUGGCGCGAUAUGUCCCCUACUGAUCGCGGUUCCCUCAUGAUUAAGCUAUCCAGUAUCAUUGCCGAACAUACGGAGCUACUUGCAACUAUCGAAACUUGGGACAAUGGAAAGAUCUAUAAUGACGCCGUUGCUGAUGUUAACGAGGUGGAAGCUGUUUUCAAAUAUUAUGGUGGAUAUGCCGAUAAAAUACAUGGACAAGUGAUAGACACUGGUGUUGCAAAAUUUGCAUAUACAAUUAAGGAACCAAUAGGAGUAUGUGGCCAAAUUAUCCCAUGGAACUAUCCAUUGGGUAUGGCUGCAUGGAAAUUAGGUCCCGCUUUGGCAUGUGGUAAUGCUGUUGUGAUGAAGGCUGCGGAACAAACUCCGUUGAGUAUUCUUGUUCUCGCAAACUUAAUUAAGGAAGCAGGCUUCCCACCAGGCGUGGUAAAUAUUUUGAACGGGUAUGGCAGAGAAGCGGGAGCUGCAAUUGCAACACAUCAAGACAUCGAUAAAGUGGCUUUCACCGGUAGCACUAGCACCGGAAAAGAAAUUAUGAAGAUGGCUGCAGGUACCAUGAAGAAUAUCACUUUAGAGACGGGAGGAAAAUCUCCUUUGAUGGUUUUCGAUGAUGCAGAUCUUGACCAGGCUGUCAAGUGGGCGCAUUUUGGUAUUAUGUCUAACCAAGGUCAAAUUUGCACCGCCACAUCUAGAAUUCUCGUGCAGGAUUCCAUCUAUGAUAAGUUCAUUGACGCCUUCAAAAAGCAAGUCAAAGAAGUUUCGGUCGUUGGUGAUCCAUUCGCCGAAAACACAUUCCAAGGUCCACAAGUCACUAAAGCUCAGUACGACCGUGUACUAGGUUACGUUCAAAUAGGGAUUCUUCAUUACCCCACUGUCUUCACGGAUGUCAAGCCAAGCAUGAGGAUUUACAGAGAAGAGGUUUUCGGACCUUUCUGUGCCAUUGCUAGCUUCAAGACGGAGGAAGAAGCAGUGGAAAUGGCCAAUGACACGACAUAUGGUCUUGGCUCGGCAAUCUUUACAACCAAUCUAGACAGAGCUCAUAAGCUUGCCAGGAGAAUCGAAGCGGGUAUGGUUUGGAUCAACAGUAGUCAGGAUUCUGACUAUAGGAUUCCUUUUGGGGGUGUAAAACAGAGCGGUGUUGGCAGAGAAUUAGGGGAGGCAGGGCUCAUAGCCUAUUCACAAGUCAAAGCCGUUCAUAUCAACUUGGGUACAAGACUAUAG